AUGAAGCUUAAGUUUGCUGCCCUGCUAGUCCUACCACUUGCACUAGCCGGAUCGCUCAAGUCCGUCAUCGUCACCUUCCCCAAGGGAACGCCUGACUCGGUGGUCAACCGGGCCAAAUCAUCCCUAGUGGCUUCAGGUGGUGUCAUCACUCAUGAGUACGCUCUAAUCAAUGGCUUCGCCGCCGAGGCUCCUGUGAGCGCUCUCCAGACCCUCUCCACACAGGACACUCAAUACAAACCGAAUAUUGAAGAAGAUAAGGUUGUCAAUGCGUACGGAGACUAUGCAGCUGCAGUCUAA